AUGCCCAAGAGGGAGCUGAAGGAGCAGCUUCAGGCCCUGCAGGACAGCGAACGAGAGCACACAGAGGCGCUGCAGCUGCUGAAGCGACAGCUCGCAGAGACCAAGUCUUCCACCAAAAGCCUGCGGACCACCAUCGGCGAGGCCUUCGAGCGGCUGCACCGGCUGCUGCGUGAGCGGCAGAAGGCCAUGCUGGAGGAGCUGGAGGCCGACACGGCGCGCACACUGACCGACAUCGAGCAGAAAGUCCAGCGCUACAGCCAGCAGCUGCAUAAGGUGCAGGAGGGGGCGCAGAUCCUGCAGGAGCGGCUGGCCGAAACUGACCGGCACACCUUCCUGGCCGGGGUGGCCUCGCUGUCUGAGAGGCUCAAAGGGAAAAUCCAUGAGACCAAUCUGACAUAUGAAGACUUUCCAACCUCCAAGUACACAGGCCCCCUGCAGUAUACCAUCUGGAAGUCCCUGUUCCAGGACAUCCACCCAGUGCCAGCUGCCCUGACCCUGGACCCGGGCACCGCCCACCAGCGCCUGAUCCUGUCCGACGACUGCACCAUCGUGGCCUACGGCAACCUGCACCCACAGCCGCUGCAGGACUCACCCAAGCGCUUUGACGUGGAGGUGUCGGUGCUGGGCUCCGAGGCCUUCAGCGGCGGUGUCCACUACUGGGAGGUGGUGGUGGCCGAGAAGACGCAGUGGGUGAUCGGGCUGGCCCACGAGGCCGCGAGCCGCAAGGGCAGCAUCCAGAUCCAGCCCAGCCGCGGCUUCUACUGCAUCGUCAUGCACGACGGCAACCAGUACAGCGCCUGCACGGAGCCCUGGACGCGGCUGAACGUCCGGGACAAGCUUGACAAGGUGGGCGUCUUCCUGGACUACGACCAAGGCCUGCUCAUCUUCUACAACGCCGACGACAUGUCCUGGCUCUACACCUUCCGCGAGAAGUUCCCGGGAAAGCUCUGUUCCUACUUCAGCCCCGGGCAGAGCCACGCCAAUGGCAAGAAUGUGCAGCCCUUGCGGAUCAACACCGUCCGCAUCUGAUGCAGCCGAAGGACACCGCAGGCCCAGGGCCGUGGCCGCCAGCAAGGGUCCUGCCCGGGAGACAGGAGGCCUGGACUCCAGCCCAGCCCAGCCCAGCCGGCCUGAGAUCCCAGGUGGCUGUCUACCCUUCAGCCUCCCUUUCCUUGUGUAAAAUGGAGGUUGUGCUCCAUGAUUCCUAAAUCCGCUUCCAGCAUUGAUGUUCUGUAGCUCUGACCUUGAUGGGGAUGCAUCUUUGGUCCAGGAGUGUGACAUGGCUUCUCCUCAGGGCAGCCCCUGCCCAACCCUCAUCCCCAUCUUCUCAGGGGCAGGGGACUGCCUCCCUAUACCCCCUCCUGCCCACAUGCCCUAACCUCAGGAUAUGUCAGAGUGUGUUGCCAGCAACUGGCAGCUUGAAAGAUACUCAGAACCCUCUUGGGCUCCCAGGCCUAAGACUGACCCUGACCAAGCUAGUGAUGGGCCAUUUUACCCUUGACCCCAGUCCACAGUGGACACUCUGUGGCCACACAGCUGGACCAAGUGUGGCCUCAGAACCACCCUCUCCUUCCACCUUUGGACCAAGAGCUUUAUGGUUCCUGCUUUUCCUGCUUCCCUGCAGGUAGAGACAGUGCUGUGGCCUGUGGAAGGCACCCAGUAGUUGAGCCCACAUGUUGCAGUCACUGUGCCACCACCUUCCUGCCUGUAGGUCUAAAGGCAGCUGCAGGGCAAGCAUCCCCGGAUGAGGAGGCUUGGAGAAGGGUCCAGCCAGACCUCUGUGACCAGGCUAGGGGUUGGGGGAGGCUGUGGGGAGCAGCCGUUUUCAUCAGGACCUGAGUGCUGGAAUGGGCUGUUGGCUGGGACCUCUUUUCAGGUUUGGCAUCUAUCUACGUUAAGAUCCCGUUGCACAAAACAAGAGCUGCUGUAGUUAAUUAGACAGGAUUUACUACCUGGUCCCUGAUGGCUUUGCAAAAUUAUUGGAAGGGCUGGAGGAGCAGACUCUUUACUGAAUUUCCAGGAACAGCUCCCAGCUGUGAGAUUCAUCAUGUCUUUCUUGACCAGGAACGCAGCUCCUGUAUGCAGGAAGCCACUGCUUCAGGGAGCUGCUGACUGCAGAACUGUGCUCUCUUUGCUACGUGCCAGCAAAUGGAUGUUCUGAGACCUGCCUCUCUCCCACUCAAUUCAAUUCCCAAAUCCAGGUCUCUAUGAGGGAUUCUGUUUGGGGAGUUGUAAAUCAGAUCCAAACCUUGGGUGCAAGGGAGUCUGGGAAAUGUAGUUUUCUUCUUUCCAGUCUCAGCCAUACAAAAAGUCCCACCAGAAGGAAGUUAAAAUGGAUGUUGAACAAGUCCAUCCUUGUUUUUUGCCACUGGAGUCUACCUCCAGGCCUUGCUUUGAAGCAGCAGAGCCCCCAGGUUUCCUGCUCUAGCUUUGUCCCUGCCCAGGGGCAGGAGCCCUGAAGAUGGACCUGCAGGACCAAGCUGAAAUGUCUCUCCAGCCCUGGCUUUUCUUUCUAGUCCUGGGGCCUAGAUUCUGAACCUGGAGUCUCUGACCACACCCAUCCCAAAGGAACCAGACUAGCUGAACUUGGGGGGCUCUCACCUCACAACUUCUGCCCAUUGGGGCUUCCUCUGGACAGGACGAAUCCUCAGUCUUGCUCCACUCCUUCAUCUACCAGAAUCUGGGCCACCCCCAGCAGUAUUUUUAAUUUAAAUGUUGCCCAUUUUGUGAGUUAUGAUGAAUUUGUAUUAAAUUAAAGUUACAGGUUAUCAGUG